AUGAGUCGCAUAAACAGUCCAAACGACGAGCGAGCGAUGGUCUCUCAAAGUGAGCUCGAAAGAAGGACUCAGCGAAAUACAACAGAUUCACUGCUUCUACAACUGCCAGCUGAGUUGCGCAACAAAGUCUACGAAUUUGUACUUGAAGAGGCCUUCGUGUUCUUGGACGCCACCUACGACUUUGAUGGCUCCGAGAUCGUCAGCGUCACACGAGAGUCGCUGACUCUGCCGCAAGUCUGUCGACAGAUACAUCACGAAUGCCUUCCAUUUCUGAACACCUUCAGUACGCUGACUUUCAGUGGCCUCUGUGCAUUCGAAAGCCUGGAAUGUACACUGGACAACCUGGGUCACAACUUCGACAAGGUCAGAGUGCUCAAAAUCUCGAUGUGGACACUGACGAUCUUACCAUUGGGUCAUGUGGUACGGAAAAUGUUCAAGUCUCUUGAGCAGAUCGUUGUUCGAUCGUCGAAUUUGGGCGCCGGACACAUUGAGCAAAUUCGCUCCUACUUCGACAGACCUAACCUCGAAAUCAUCAUGAGCCCCGACCCGUGA